CGGCAGGUAACCAUUAUUAUUGAUUUACAACACACUCAAGAUGGCAGGGGAGAGUGUACCCGAGGGUCCUGACCUGAAGGAGUUGGGCGAGGAGGAACUGUGGGAACUGAUUAAUGAUAAUCGUCAUCGGCUUUCCUUGGGGGUGCGGCCUUGCGUCGUGAUCCCGUACCUCAGGCAAGCUCGGGUCCUCACUGAGAUGGAUGAGGAUGAGAUUCUCUCCAGCCACAACCUCACCAACCGCUCAAUGAGAACAAGCCAUAUGAUGGAUCUGCUGCGGACCCAAGGCAGGAACGGUGCUGUGGCUUUGCUGGAAAGCCUGAUGAUCCACUACCCAACCCUCUACACCCAAGUUACUGGACACAAGCCCAGCACAGAACCCUCAAGAUUCAGUGGCCUGAUAAAGUAUUCAGAACUGACCGAGUACCUUAUUAGAGCAGUGACUGGAAUGCAGAAUGAGCUUCAGGAGGCUCGUUGCGAGGCCGGAAAAAUGAGUUCACGCUGCACUUCUCUGGAGUCUGAGAUCCAGCAGAUUAUGGAGCACGAGGAAAAGUCCAGGUGCCUUCAGUUGGAAUAUGAGCGCAUACAUAGACAUUUGUCUUCACUGCAGCGCGAAGUCACCCAGUUGAAGGACGAGAAGUGCGAUCUGUAUGUUCGCUACACUGCAGCCAUAGAGGAAAAAUCUGCUAUGAGCAUGCGCCUUCAUGAGCUCAAUUUACAGAUAUAUCAGCUCCAAACAGAACUGCAGACGGCCCAAACCGAGAGUGACUUCCAGAAACGGCGCUCUCUCCGAUGCGUCCCCUUCACUGAAGCGUCUCAACUCCAAGAGGAAGUCAGGAGUCUACGUUGCCAGUUAGUGAAGAUAGAAAAACUGAACCCCGCUCAUCAGGAUAUCCUGGCCCAGGACCUGGCUGAAGCUUUAGAUAGCCAGGUGGAGCUAGGAAGUCAGCUCAGGUGUUACAGAGAAGAGAAUGAACAAAUGCACAUGGAGAAGCAAGAGCUUCUGGAUCAGAAUGAGUGUCUAUCCCUUCAAGUGCAGCAGCUGACCCUUGACUGUAACAUGCACCAACAGAAGAGCACUGUGAUCCAAAACCAGAUGAGAGAGCUGCAGACAGAGAGAGACCAAGCAUACCUUUCCAGAAACGAAGCCCAGACGCAGAUCGCCCGCAUCCUUGCUGAGAAGGACAUCCUGAGGUCUAAAAUGAUGGAGCUCCAGGAGAGAGCUUUUAGCGCUAAUGCCCAACACAACAAAGAAUGGCAGACCUCGAAUGAGAAGGGGAUUUCCUGGGAGUUUACUAUAUCCAAAUCUGAAAAUUCAUCCUUCCCAAAUAGACGCAGACUUUCCCGGAUGGAUGCAAUUUGUCCUUUAUCGGUGAAUUCCUUUACAUCGGAGUGCGAAGAUCUGGCAAGUAGUGUCCGAUCCAGAAAUGUGGAGCCUCCCAGUCCCCAGUCCCUCCGCAGAAGAGAGGGAACUCUUUAUGAAAGCAGCAGCAUGGAAUUAGCGAAGACUGAUGAUUCUUCAUUGGACGACUUUGAGAUCCUCCCCAGUGUGCUAAGCGAAGACCAUACCCCAUCAAAAAAAUAUGCUCCUGAUGGAACCAAAAUCGCAUACAGCCUGGAUAAAAAUUCUGCACCUCCAUUCCUCGUGCGUUCACGUCCUAAAGCAGUGCGCAUCAGUGGGCGUGUGGUCACCAUUGCCUUCCAGGGGGAGAUGCUGCUGAGUCAGAUUGCAGUUAUAGGGGGGAAUAAGACAGGGGUCUUUGUGCAUGAAGUAACAGAAGGGAGUGCGGCACAUACUGUGGGCAUCACCCAUGGAGCGCAAAUAGUGGAGGUGAGGUACCAGCAGGACCAGAAAUCUCUAAGGAUGGUGCUGGAGGACUCCACUUCCGAGGAAGCUCUGUGGGCACUUGGCCAGGUUAUCGGUCUCUGCCAUCUCUCUCUGCGUCCCCGGCAAGAUGACUAUGAGGUACUGCUGCAGCAACUGCAGGAGAAUCACAUGUCAUCAGGUGACUCCUUCUAUGUGCGUGUCAACGUGACCAUCCCAGCGAGUUCCAAAGGGACACUGACUGUGUCCUGCAAUGACAUUUUACACGUGACCAACACACGCCCUACGGGCACUGAAGACUCGUGGUAUGCCAGUCAGGUUCAUCCUUGCCAGCUCCUAGCCCUUCAGAGUGGAAUAGUACCCAACUACUACAGAGCGCAGCGACUUCUUAUUCACGCUAUCGAAGAAAUGAACUUUCAAACGUCAAACUGUCAAAAGGAAGGGCAUAUGGUGGCUCAAAACACACACAAAGCAGUGAGGAUUGUCAGCACAGGUCGCAAGGGCCGAAAUCCUCUCUGGGUCAGCGUGGAGAACGAAAAGAGCAAGAGCACAGAUUCGGAUGAAACAUCGGAACCCAGAAGCUGUCUAACCCUCAUGCCGUAUACACCGGUCACACCACAUUUCCCGCCCAUCUGCCGACCAGUCCUGUUACUUCCAUCCAUCCUGGGACGCAUCCUCGAUAAGAAGGUUGCGGGAUGGCAAGGUUUUGAGCUCUGUGAACCUGAGAUGUUGAGCUCCAGUGACCACGCAGCCCGGCUGCAGAAGUCCGAGCUCCUGGAGGAGUGCGAACAGGGAAGAAACUGCUACUACACCCUCCAGAGUGUAGAAAAAGUCAUGAAGAAGGGUAUUCACUGUAUAUUGCCUCUUGGGCUGGAUUGUGUACGUCGCCUACACAGGGCAGAGAUCUUCCCUAUUAUUAUCUUCAUCAGCCAGUCAGCACGCAGCGCACGUAAACUCAAGUCAAAGCUUCACCGUCUGAACUGGUCAGAGGAGCAUCUGCUGGUGUGUUCCAGAAGCGAGGAGACGCUUUUGGACAAACUGCCGUGUUUGUAUCAUCACGUGGCUCCUGACUCGUGGUGUGACCAGACCUCACUGCUGACCAGGUUGCGCACCGUUAUCUGGGAGGAGCAGAGGAAGAUUGUGUGGGUGGAGCCUGACCUGUGGUGA